CAUGACCCCCCUCUGCAGACCUCUCAGGAGUUUAUAGCCCAGCUGAUGUCCAAACUGGGGGGUAAAAACCCAGAGGAGACGGGGGGCUUCCAGGAGGCCCCCCUGGCCUACGAUGCUGUGUGGGCAUUAGCUCUGGCCCUCAACAAGACCGUGGGACCCCUGAAGGCCAAGGGUCACCGACUGGAAGACUUCAACUACAACAACCGAGACAUCACGGCUGAGAUCUACAGAGCCAUGAACACCAGCUCCUUCGAAGGAGUGUCAGGUCAUGUUGUAUUUGACGCUCAGGGGUCUCGAAUGGCCUGGACUCUGAUUGAACAGCUUCAAGGUAUGUCACAGCACUUCCUUGCUUUAAAAUGGAAUGGAUUUAAAUAAAUCAGCCUGGUACAGGGAUCACCAACCGUUACUGAAAGAGCCACAAAUACAUUUUGUCU